AUGGAAUAAUCAUUCUUGAACAAAUAAGUAAAAUCAGACAACUGGUUAUUUAGUGACAUUACACCAUUGAUUAACACUAUAAAUGGUAUGGAUGGAUAAAUACAAAAUAAUGAUUUAAAGAAAUUUGUUAUUAAAGAAUCAGAUUGUGAGUAGAUCCUUUAAGAAUUAAAAGAGUAAAUUUUUAUCAAGAUUAUUAGUAUUUUACAAUCAAAGCCAAAAUAUCUAUAUAGAAAAAUCUUUAAACACUUCUUCUUGUUUAGAACUUUCUAAUUACUUGGAAUAUAAACAGCCACAGAUAUGAUAAUGUUAGGAAAUUUACUAAUGUUAAAUUAUGCCACAGAUUCCUUAAUAAAUUUAAAUAGAGAAUUGUUGUAUCAACCCAUAUUAUCUAUUUGUGGUAUUAUUUGUCUCUCUCUUCUCAAGUAUUUAAAGGAUUUUAUAAUUAAGAACAUAUUUCAAUGCCAAAACAGAUUAGUUUGUGAAUCUAUUUGUACUUAGACUUAGAUUAAUAUCUGAAUAUUUGAUCUAUGAUAAAGCUUUAAGAGUCUAAUGCAUUAGUAAUAAAGGUGAUAGUGAUAGUCAUUCAGCUAAUAUCAAUGUAAAUAGAAAUAUAUAUAUUUUUAGACACUUUUAACAGCAGACUUAGAUUAAAUUAUGUUAAUUAACUUUACAAUAAGAGACACAUGGGAAGCAAUCCUUUUAAUAACAGGAUGUUUAAUAUUUUUAUAUCAUCUUGAUUCUCAUGCAGGUACAAUAGUUGUAAUUACAAUGUUUUGUGCUCAAGUUUUUAAUUUAAUUGUUACAGCAGUGAUGAUGAGAUCAGAAAAAAAAAUGUUAGAAUAUAAGGAUAUGAGAGUUGGGUUGUCUACAGAUGUUAUUGAAGGAAUGAAAUAAAUUAAAUAUUUAUCAUGGGAAGAGACUUUUAGUAAAAAGAUAAUGGGAUUUAGAAAUUGGGAGUUCUUUAUGCUUAGUUUAUUAAAAGGAUUUGAUGGAUUAUGUUCAAUAUUUUGGAAUAAUGUCAGUUAUGUAUUAUUAUGUACUUAUAUAAUUUCAUCGGUAAAUAAUGGUAAAUCACUCUCUGAUUUGAAUAUAUUUUCUUUAAUAGCUGUAUUUAAUACAAUGAUUUUCCCUUUAGGAAUUUUACCUUGGUGUAUAAAUUCUGGAUUAUUAGCAUAUGUUUCAUUUAAGAGAAUCUCAUAGUUUCUUAAAUAAUAAGAGAUUGAUCCUGAUGAUCGUUUCUAAUUACCAUAUGUUAAAGAGGGUGAUGUUGUAUUAAUUGAAGGUUUAUUAUGUGAAUGGCCAAUUGAGAAGAAUGAAUAAUAAAAAAGAGCUUAAAAAAAGAAUUAAAUUAGUGAUGAUGUACUUGUAUUUGAUUAAGUUAAUGAAAAUUCUUAAUUCAUAUUAAGAAUUGAUGAAUUGAAGAUAGAGAGAAACACUUUAAAUUUUAUAAUAGGUAAGAUUGGAUCAGGAAAGAGUGCUUUAUUCAAUGCAAUUUUAAAUGAAUUACAAAAGUAUAAUUAAUAUGAAGGAAUGUACAAUAGUAAUUCAAUAAGAUCUGAUUCAUUAAUUUCAGGAUAAAGAAUGUUGACUAUUAGUGAUUAAAUAAUAAUAAAAGGAAAUAUAGGUUAUUGUUCUUAAACAUCUUGGGUUUAGAAUAUGAGUAUUAGGGACAAUAUAUUAUUUGGAUUACCUUUUAAUUAGAAAUUAUAUAAUGAAGUAAUAGAUGUAUGUGAAAUAAGGAAAGAUAUUAUGACUUUUGAGAAAUAAGAUUUUCAUGAAAUAGGACCUGAUGGUAAGAAUUUAAGUGGAGGAUAAAAAUAAAGAAUUACAUUAGCCAGAGCAUUAUAUUAAAAUUGUGAUAUAUAUUUAUUUGAUGAUAUAUUCUCAUCAUUAGACAUUCAUAUAGCAGAUCAAAUAUUUUAGAAAACUAUAUUAGAUUUUUUAAUAAAUAAUGGAAAAACAGUUUUAUUAAUUACUUCUCAUUAUAGAUAUUUAAAUUAAGUACCUCCUAAUGUUAAAUCAAGGAUAAUAUAUUUAGAAAAUGGAUAAAUAAUUAAUGAUAAGAAUAUUAUAAAUGAAUAUUUGGAAAAAGAAUAAGAACCAGAAGAAGAUAAACCAAAUAUUGAAGAGGAAUUAGAAGAAAUGAUACCAGAAUUGACUAAAUAGAAAAGUUCUAAGAAAAGUGAGAAAGAAUAAUUUUUGCAUAAAGUUGAAGAUGAUGAUACUGAAAAUCAGGAAUAAAGAGAAUAAGGAAAGAUUAAUAUGAAUACUUGGAUAACAUACUUUAGUAGUAUGAGUUGGUUUCUUUUGAUUGGAUGGGUUAUUGUGAAUUUCUUUAUGUAAGGAUCAAUGUCUUUAAUUGAUUUUUGGUUAAAAUCAGAAUUGAAAGGAAAUGAGGAUACAUGGUUACAUUAAAUAACAAUAUAUUUUAAUAAUUCAUUUACUGAUACUUUAUUAUAUCUAACUUUAUUUGCCUUAUUAGUUACUUUUGUUAGAGCAGCUUUAUAUGUUUCAACAGCAUUAAGAUCAGCUUGGGUGCUUUUUGUUAAGUAUUAUUUUUAUUAUAUCUUUUAGAUUGAAUAAGGUUUUAAUGUAAUCUGUGAUGAAGUUUUAUGAUAAAACAAAUGCUGGAAGAAUAAUAAAUAGAAUAUAAGAUGAUACAUAAAUGAUUGAUGAUGAUUUAAGUUGGACAUUUCAUUGUUUUUUAGAAAAUGUUAGUAGAGUAACUGGUUUAUCUAUAGGUUUAGUUAUAUUGGAACCAAUUUUUGUAUUAAUAUUAAUAGGAGUUGUAGUACUUUAUUAUUAAGUCAGUAAAAUAUAUAUCAAAUCAAAUAGAGAAAUUAAAAGAUUAAAAUCAGUUAAUCAAGGAUCUCUACUAUAAACAGUAAAUGAAACUCUUACUGGUAUCAAAAUAAUAAGAGCUUUUGAUAAAAAUUCUUUAUUUUGUUAAACUUUUUAAAAUAAAUUAUAAAAUUGGGUUAUGACAGAUUAAUGUGGAGAAAGAUCAAAAUUAUGGUUUGGAGUUAGAUUAAAUUUGAUGAGUAAUUUAAUUCUUAUUUUUGUAUCAAGUUUUGUAAUCCUUACAAUAAUAUUUGAUUUUUCUGAUGAUUAUACAGUAUAAGCAUUAGCAAUUACUUAUUCAAUGGUAGUAUUAGAUAGUUUCUAUGAUUUAUUUUCUUUAUAUUUAAGAAUGGAAUCAGGUAUUGUUUCUGUAGAAAGAGUUAAAUAAUAUUUUAGUAAUGAAACUGAAAAUAUUGAUAAAGUUUAAAUACUACCAAAAAUUGAUUUUGAUAUAUGGAAAGAUGUUAAAGAAUUUACUGAUUUUAGAAUAGAAAAUGCAGUUACAUUUAAAAAUAUAUAUUUAACUUAUGAAAAUGUAUCAGCUGAAGCUAAAUUUGCAUUAAAAAACUUCUCUUUAACAAUAAAAAAAGGAUAAAAAAUAGCUUUUGUUGGAAGAACAGGAUCUGGAAAAACAUCUAUAUUAAAUAUCUUAUUUGGACUCUAUCAUCAUUAAUAUGGAUAGAUUUUUAUAAAUGGAAUGGAUGUAAUUAUUUAUAUAUAUAUAUAUCUUUAUUAGUCAUCAAAAUUAACAUUAAGAGAAUUGAGAUCAUAAUUAUCUGUAGUACCUUAAUUUGGAUUUUUAUAUAAUGCUAGUGUUAAAGAUAAUUUAGAUCCUCAAAAUAAAACAACCAAAGAUGUCAUUGAAAAAUUGUUUAUUGAUACUGGAUUUUAAUUAAGAGGAAUUAAUAAUACUAAUAAUAAUUCUUGUAAUGCAGAUUUUAUUAUAUCAUAAAAUGGAUCCAAUCUAUCAAAUGGAGAAAAAUAAGUACUAAACUUUUUAAGAAUUGUUCUUAUGAAUAAAGAUAUAAUUUGUUUAGAUGAAGCAACUUCAAACAUGGAUCCUAAAACAGAUUAAGUAUUAUUAUAUACAAUUUAUUAGUUAUUACAUGAUUUAUUAUUUAAAUUUGCUGAAAAUAGAACUUUAUUAGUGAUUACACAUAGAUUAGAAAAUAUUAAAAUUUAUGAUAAAAUUGUAGUUAUGGAAUAAGGAGAAAUAGUUGAAUAAGGGGAAUAUUAAGAAUUAAUCAAAAUUGAAGGUGGAUUUUUUAAUAAAUUAAUGAGUCAUCAUUAAAAACAAAUUCAAGUUUGA